AUGAACGUUCCUCCGUUCUUCCUGUUACAGUGCAGCGGCAACGCGGUGCGAUGUUUUGCUGGAGGACCACGAAAGAGUAACGAGUCCCAGUGCCCGAUGUUGCAAAAGUUCGAGAAACCAAUCCGUACGUCGUCCACGGCGACCACACCGCCAAUGUCAACCACGAAAUCGACGAUCGUGCGAAACCACCUGAACAGUACCUGUAGCGUGACAAACUCGCCUCAUCAGAAAAAGCUGAGGUUCCACCUGGCCAAAGAAAGAAAAGCUAGCACCACAUUGGGCAUCAUAAUGAGCGCCUUCAUCGUCUGCUGGCUACCGUUUUUCGUAUUGGCCCUGGUUAGACCGUUCCUGAAAGACCCAGACGCGAUCCCAGCAUUCUUAUCGAGCCUGUUCCUCUGGCUAGGUUACUGCAACAGUCUCCUGAACCCAAUCAUCUACGCAACACUGAACAGGGACUUUCGGAAGCCGUUCCGCGAAAUUCUCUACUUCCGAUGCAGCAACCUGAACCACAUGAUGAGAGAAGAGUUCUAUCAGAGCCAGUACGGCGAUCCUAUAAACAACUACGAGAUUAAAGCUGGCGAGAUGGACGGGGCAGAACGUCUCGACAAUCAGGGGGUCGAGGCGAUCGAUAUCGCCGCGAACGUUCCUAACGAAAGUUUCCUGUGA